CUUAGAAUUAGACUUCAUACCCAAAUCAAGAAAUAGAUUACCUCUCAAAUGGCUUCAGGAAAAUCAGCUACCCGCCCUUCAGUGAGACAUCCGAGCCACAACCAUCCAUUGCGCGGUUACAAAGCCCAAGUUGAAGACGAGAUAAUCUGUUCUGGUUGCGACCUAGACCUGAUCGGUGCAGCUUUCAAGUGCACAAAGUCAGAGUGUGGUUACUUCUUGCACAAGUCAUGUUUCGAUCUCCCACGUGAGAUCCGUCACAAGUCUCACCCUGACCACCCUUUGAUCCUCCUCUAUUCCCCUCAGAAUAAUCAUUCCACGUACACGUGUGAUGCAUGCGGUGAGUAUGGAUCGGGGUUCACUUACAAUUGUUCUAUCUGCCAGUACGAUAUUCAUGUUGGAUGUGUGUCUAUGCCUGAGACCAUGAAGCAUGACGAGCACUCGCACCCGCUUGCUUUGAUCUACAGUGCUCCUUGCCCAAAGGAUCAUAUAUUUACCUGCGAUGUUUGCGAUGAAACUAUGCCGCAUAAUCUAUGGUUGUACUACUGCCAGAAAUGUGACUACGGUGCUCAUUUACAUUCAUGCGUUGCUGAAGAAGAGGAAAAGCCAAAGAAAGGAGGAAGAGGAGGAGAAGGAGGAAGUGGUGGAAAUGGAGCGAAAGGAGGAAGGAGCUCGGCGAAUUCAGAGCUCGCUGCGAUGUUGAAGGCUCAAAGAGAGAUGGAGCAGAUGCAAAUUGCUCUUCACUUGGAGAUGCAAAGAGCUAAGAUUGAUAAGAAGUCAAGAAAGCAUAUACUCAAAAUGAUCUAAGAUAUGAUGAACUCAUCUAUUGCUCUCGGAA